CAUAUGAUUUUGGGAAUUUCAGUAAUUUUAGGUAAUUUGUUGCAGUUUAAUACGACCACUGAUUACCAUAUGGUAGGCAAAUUAAAUAUCAGUGUGUGUUGGUGUUAAUGUCUAUCGCAUUAUGAUGAAAUUAAUUACAGAUUUUGCUUUGUAAAUUGUAAACAAAAAACGAGUAUUAGAACAGUACAGAUGUUGCGUGUUCAAGAAAUUUUAGGUGUAUUACGAGGUAUUCAAAAAGUUGUAGGCGCUGGGUUAAAAGAAAAUGAAUUAGUCAUCAAACAUAAAUGGGCAAAUUCAAGUGCAAAAGAAAUAAUUGAAAAUAAUAUAAAUUUAUCAAAAAAUUUAACAGAACCUUGGACGUCAAAUCCCAAAGGAGAAACGAAAAAGGUGCAAGGAUUAAUUAAGGAAGCUGCAGAAAGAACAUAUGUUGUUACUGAAGGCCUUAGACAACUGAUGAACAUUAAAAUUAAUACUAAUUUCAAUUAUAAUAAUUCAGAAUCUGCUGUUAAAGGAAAUAAUAUUAAAAUGAACGAUCAAGCAAAUAUUAAAAAUGAAUUACCGGAAAAUAUUGAUGUAUCGUCGAUAACUCUUAAAGAAUUAGAACAAAUUUUAGCAAAACAUGGUAGAGAUCGUCAAAUAAAUUUAAGAGUAAAUACUCAACAAACAAAGUUGGUGGAGAAUCGAAAUACUGUAGAAAAAACUGAGCCUAGUUAUAAAACUUUGAAUCAAACUCCACAGCAGAUAAAUUUGCAAAAACCAGAUGCAAAUAUUUUUCGAGAAGAUGAAAAACAAGUAGAAAAUAUAAUGUCUGCCAUAACAGGAAAAUUUAAAGACGAUAAAGAAUCCAACAUACCUAAUUCUGAAGAGCCACAAAAAGUUGCAGAUUUAACAACUAUCGCAAAACAACGGAAAGUUCCAUCUACAAGAUUAGCAAGAUUUGCUUCUUUUGGUGCUUUAUUUGCCAGUUUAGGAUUUGGCACAGUUAAUGAAUUAGCCAAAAAUGCUGUUGGUUUAGGUGGUUCCAGUAAUGUAAAGGAAGCGUUCUUUAGUCCAGCAAAUACGGAAAGAAUUGUUGAUACUUUGUGUAAAGUUCGUGGAGCAGCCUUGAAAUUGGGACAAAUAUUAAGUAUACAAGAUACAAAUAUAGUUUCACCCCAAAUAGUUAAAGCUUUUGAACGUGUCAGGCAGGCUGCAGAUUAUAUGCCAGACUGGCAAGUAAGUAAAACAAUAAGCAAUGAAUUAGGCGUCGAUUGGAGAGAAAAUUUCGAUAAUUUUGAAGAAAAACCAUUUGCAGCGGCUAGUAUCGGCCAAGUUCAUAAAGGAAUUUUAAGAGAUGGAACUGUUGUUGCAGUUAAAGUACAAUAUCCUGGAGUUGCUCAAAGUAUUGAAAGCGAUAUCGACAAUUUAGUAUCGAUGAUGAAAGUAUGGGAUAUCUUUCCAAAGGGAUUUUUCAUAGACAAUGUUGUAAGAGUGGCUAAAAGAGAGCUUAACUGGGAAGUUGAUUACACAAGGGAAUCCGAAUACACAGAAAAGUUCAAGGAAAUGAUUGAGCCGUAUAAAGAAUAUUAUGUACCGAAAGUUAUAAAACCGCUAUCUACAAAAUAUAUAUUGACAACAGAGUUUGUCGCUGGAGUUCCGUUAGACAAAUGUUUUGAUAUGAGCUACCAACAUAGAUUGUUUAUAGGUCAAUCUGUUUUAAAACUUUGCCUUCGUGAAUUAUUUCAGCUAUUGUGUAUGCAAACUGAUCCCAAUUGGUCAAACUUUUUAUAUGAUCAAAACUCAAAAACUUUAAUGUUAAUUGAUUUUGGGUCAACAAGAUUCUAUUCAAAAGAUUUUAUAGAAAAAUAUCGUGAAAUUAUAAUUGCAGCUGCAAAUGAUGAUCGAUCAAAAGUUUUAAAUAUAUCAAGAGAAAUGGGAUUUUUAACUGGUUAUGAAACAAAACAGAUGGAAGAAGCUCAUACCGACGCUGUUAUGAUAUUGGGAGAAAUCUUCCGAUUUGAUGGUGAAUUUGAUUUUGGAAGACAAAAAACUACUGAAAAAAUUGCACAAUUAGUACCCACAAUGGUUGCCCAUAGACUCUGCCCUCCACCAGAAGAAAUUUAUUCAAUUCAUCGAAAACUGUCAGGAAUAUUUUUACUGUGUGCUAAACUAAAUAUAAAAAUGAAUUGUAAAGUUUUUUAUGAAGAUAUUGUUCUAAGAAACUCCGCGAUAUUUUAACUUAUUGCCUAUGUCAAGGAAAUAAAAGUUUAAGCCACGAAUUUUCUUUUUAUAUAAAAAUUGACUAACAUAAAUUUUUUUAAUAAGAAUUUUUAAAAAAAAAUUGUUCUUUGAAACUAAUAAAUUAAUUGAAUAAAAAAUCGUAUUUUUUAACUAGGGGA